AUGGUCAGAAAGCCUGUUGUGUCCACCAUCUCCAAAGGAGGUUACCUGCAGGGAAAUGUUAACAGAAGGCUGCCUUCCAUGGGCAGCAAAGACCCACCUGGGCAGGAGAAAGUGGUGCUGAAGAAGAAAAUUACAUUACUGAGGGGAAUCUCCAUCAUCACUGGCACCAUUAUUGGAGCAGGAAUCUUCAUCUCUCCUAAGGGCGUGCUCCAGAACACAGGCAGCGUGGGCAUGUCUCUGACUAUCUGGACGGUCUGUGGGGUCCUGUCACUAUUUGGAGCCUUGUCCUAUGCUGAACUGGGAACAAGUAUAAAGAAAUCUGGUGGUCAUUAUACAUAUAUUCUGGAAGCCUUUGGCCCAUUACCAGCUUUUGUACGAGUCUGGGUGGAACUGCUCAUAAUACGCCCUGCAGCAACUGCUGUGAUAUCCCUGGCAUUUGGACGCUACAUUCUGGAGCCAUUUUUUAUUCAAUGUGAAAUUCCUGAACUUGCCAUCAAGCUCAUUACAGCUGUGGGCAUAACUGUAGUGAUGGUCCUAAAUAGCAUGAGUGUCAGCUGGAGUGCCCGGAUCCAGAUUUUCCUAACCUUUUGCAAGCUCACAGCAAUUCUGAUAAUUAUAGUCCCUGGAGUUAUGCAGCUAAUUAAAGGGCAAACACAGUACUUUAAAGACUCAUUUUCAGGAAAAGAUGCAAAUAUUAUGGGGUUGCCCCUGGCUUUUUAUUAUGGGAUGUAUGCAUAUGCUGGCUGGUUUUACCUCAAUUUUGUUACUGAAGAAGUGGAAAACCCUGAAAAAACCGUCCCCCUUGCAAUUUGUAUAUCCAUGGUCAUUGUCACCACUGGCUAUGUGCUAACAAAUGUGGCCUACUUUACCACCAUUAGUGCUGAGGAGCUGUUGCUUUCAAAUGCAGUGGCAGUGACCUUUUCUGAGCGGCUACUGGGAAAUUUCUCAUUAGCAGUUCCGAUCUUUGUUGCCCUCUCCUGCUUUGGCUCUAUGAAUGGUGGUGUGUUUGCUGUCUCCAGGUUAUUCUUUGUUGCAUCUCGAGAGGGUCACCUUCCAGAAAUCCUCUCCAUGAUUCAUGUCCGCAAGCAUACUCCUCUGCCAGCUGUUAUUGUCCUGCACCCUUUGACAAUGAUAAUGCUCUUCUCUGGAGACCUCUACAGUCUUUUGAAUUUCCUCAGUUUUGCCAGGUGGCUUUUUAUUGGAUUGGCAGUUGCCGGGCUGAUUUAUCUUCGAUACAAAUGCCCAGAUAUGCAUCGUCCUUUCAAGGUACCACUGUUCAUUCCAGCUUUGUUUUCCUUCACAUGUUUCUUCAUGGUUGCACUGUCUCUUUAUUCGGACCCAUUUAGCACAGGAAUGGGCUUCAUCAUCACUCUGACUGGGGUCCCUGCGUACUAUCUCUUUAUAAUAUGGGACAAGAAACCCAAGUGGUUUAGAAGAAUGUCAGACAGAAUUACCAGAACAUUACAAAUAAUAUUGGAAGUCAUACCAGAAGAAGAUUGUCAUAAAUCAUGA